AUGUAUGAACCAAUGACUAGCGAUCAUGCAGUUACAAGUUACUUGAAAAGCGAAUCAUUUACCAAUAGCUGUCAUCUUGUUGGUUUCAACAUAACUACUGGAAUCGCUGUCACCGCCUUUACCAUGUCCUUUUUUACCAUGCUAGGAAACGCCUUAGUCGUGGUCGCAAUCGCAGUGGACCCGUACAAAGAGCUGAGAACCAUUCCCAACUACCUUAUCUUGAAUUUAGCCGUGUGUGAUCUGUUCGCGGGCCCUAGUGAGCUGUUGUUGGGCUUGCUUCGUUUCACUAAUAACAAUUUCAACUUGUAUUUCGCGGCUUACACUUGUAUUUACUUUUCUAUGGUUGCUUCUGCUCUGACGAUAUUGACACUGGCGUUUGAACGAUACAUCGUAGUGGCAGCACCUCUCCAAAGCAAAGAUUACCUGAUUUACUCGCAUUUAAAAUUGGCCAUUGUCUAUAUCUGGCUUAUAGCGGCCUGUGUGGCGCUGCUGUCGUUGCUGAACAAGUGCCACGAGGCGGAGUAUCGACGGAUAGUCUCCAAUGCGAUUGGCAUUCCAACGAUUGUUUUUAUGAUUGUUAUUUACCUAAGAAUAUUUUACUUGGUGCGAAGAUGCAUUCGUCGGGACCUCGAACAAAGCAUUGGAAGUGAACAGCAGAGCUUGCUGCGAAGUGUAGACGAGUUAACUGAAGACAUCCGCAAGCGAGAAAGGGAGGUGGCGUUCUCGGUUUUUCUGUUUGUUGGUGUUUUCUUCAUCUGCUGGGCACCUUGUUUUGUUAUGGAAAAUGUCAUUCCCCUUGAUCACAAAGAACCGAGCAAACUGAAAACUGUUGCGAACUGGGCUAGGUUUUUGGGACUGGUAAAUUCAUUAUUGAAUCCUUUGAUAUACGCGUUAAGAUACAAUAAGUUUAGAAAAGCAGCCUUAGCGAUAAUU